CAGCAACCCGCGGCGCGUCUCGACUCUCGAGACACUACCGGACCUAACAAGACAGGUCCUACCAUAGGUACCUUACCAACUCGCGUAAACUGCCUACACGGUCCGCCUUGUCGUCAGUCUGCUUUUUCAACACAGCCUGCUUCAUCUUGCAUCUUUUCGGAUUGACAUUUCACUAUAACUAUUCCGCAUAUCUAAGCGUUGCCGUUGCAAUACGACUUUAGCUCCCGUCGAGUUGCUACCCUGCGACGCGAUCUCACGCGUCCCAUCCACAUCGCUUUCCAACAGCCUCCGAAACUGCAUUCGUCCUCCGCUCAUGCAUCAGGUGCCUAGGCUCGAACCACGCGUGAUCAGAGGCUUCUAGCCAUGUAUCUCCCACGUUCUCUCAUAUCCAAGCUCUACAUCCACCUCCAGAAAACGCGCCAUCCCCUCUCCCCGCCGGUACUCAUACUCGUCACGCUCGACCCCGACGCUCUCUGCGCCUGCCGAAUCCUCACGAGACUCCUGAAACAUGACUAUAUUCCGCACAAGAUUCACCCGGUGGUGGGACUCAGCGGGUUGGCACAAGCUGGACAAGACCUGGUGGCCCCAAUGAUGGAGUCCCAGGGCGGCAGCGGCGGCCUUGUCGUCUGCCUGGGGGUGGGAGGAAUGGUCGAUCUCGGGGAAGUGCUUGGUCUCGAGAAUGAAGGCGACGACAGUCCGUACAGCGGGGUCGAGGUUUGGGUCAUCGACGCGCGAAGGCCUUGGAAUUUGGGCAACGUCUUUGGUGGCUUCCCGCUGGAGGUUGCCGCUGAGCCCUCGAGUUCAUAUCAGUCCCGAAUACCUGCUGGGGUGGAUGGGGGCGAAAUUGGAAGGUCUUAUAAGCCCGGCAGAGGUGGGAUAAUCGUCUUUGACGAUGGCGACAUUGAAGACGACCUCGAGGCCGAGCGCAACGCGUACAAAGCACUACUGGACAUGCCUGAUAUCGACGACGACGGCGACGACAUUGACUCCGAAGACGACACUGAAGAUGGUGCCGGCGAUGAAGAAGAUGAGGUGCAAGAAGCCACCCGGGCUGGGCAAAAGCGGAAGAGUUGGUCAGAUAGCCACGACGAUGGCAUGUCCGAUGAUGACGAUGAUAGGCCGACACAAAGACGCAGGAGUAAUAUGUCAAGCCCCAUCGCAGGCUCACCGCGACGUCCUCAACACAGAGGGCUAUUGUCAUUGCGGGAACCCAAUACUGGGCUAUCUAGUGAUCCUGUCGAACCACCAUCAGGAGCGCAGUCUGGUCCUGCAUCUUCAGCCGGGGCUCUAAGACGACGCUUGUUACGUAUGCGCCGAGAGAACCAAGCGAUUAUCGCGCGAUACUACUCGGCGGGUUCGUCGUACUCGGAGCCACUGUCGUCGAUGCUUUAUUCCCUUGCCUCAGAGCUUGGACGGGAGGACAAUGACCUCUUAUGGCUUGCCAUUGUUGGCGUGACUUCCAUGGAGCUGUAUGGUCGAUCUUCAGCUGGAGUGGCAGCACCUGUCCAUGUCACGAACAAGAACAGACCCAGCGGAUGGAUGGGUGUCCGUGGGGCACGGAUCCGCCAGCUUCUGCGCGACGAAGUGAGGCGACUCAACCCCCCAGAGAUCGCCAAUGGACGUGUGGCUUCCGAGAACACUGGUGUCAUUCCCACAACUGCCAAGAGCCCAGAAGACACCAGCAUCAGGCUAUCACCCGAGCCGCGAUUUCUCCUUAUUCGCCAUUGGAGCCUUUACGACAGCAUGCUACACUCCCCAUAUCUGUUCUCCAGACUGAAGACAUGGAGCGAAAAAGGCAUCAAGCGCUUGCACAAGCUUCUAGCUAAAAUGGGCGUCAGUCUCGCUCAAUGCAAGCAAAGCUACACACACAUGGACCUAGUGCUGAAGAAGGAGCUACGAGCUAAGUUGCUUGAAUACGGCGUCCUAUACAAUCUCGAUGAGAUGGUACCCUCGGUUGGCACAGAUGGUAGUGACCGAGGAGGCGCCAAGGAUGGCUGGGGCUUUGUGAGAAGCUGGGGCUGGCGUGCGACCUUGAGUGCUGAGGAUGUAGGUGUGGUAAUCGGUGCAUUACUCGAAGUUGGCAAACAUGCUACUGGAACAGAGGCUAUCGUAACGUCCAGCCACAGGGACCGGGACAACGAGGAGGGCUUUGACUACACCUCGCAGGGUGACGAGUGGAUCAGUCGGUUCUGGGAAGCCUACGACGCCUUGGAGGACAUCGAUGCGCUCAAGGCUGGCCUACCCACUGCUCAACACCUUCACCGUGCAAUUUACCGUACAGGCACGUCACUCAUCAACAAGAAGCAGAUCAAGCCCCUCAGAGCAUUCCGCAUGUGCGUGGUAAAAGAUGGUCCGGAUGUGUCUUUGUUCAACCAUCCCGCAGCCUUGACCAAAUUGUCGCUCUGGAUUGGUGAGGCAUUGGCUGAGCAGGAACGAGAAAUUCACGGGAAGCUCUCGCACGGCGGUCGGGGAACCCCACUCGUUGUUGCGAGCUUAGAUGAGAAGCGAGGGACAUAUGUUGUCGUGGGAACGGGUGGCGGUGGUGGCCCUGAUAACCUCUUCCUGGACCGAGAAGCGUCGAAGAAGCGCAAGGAAGCAAGAGAUGCAAAGGCCAAGGCCAAGGAGGAAGCACGGCAAGCCAAGGAGAAAGUCAAAGCGGAGAAGCGUGCCGCCAAGAAGCAAGCCGGGGAGGACAACGAUGAUGAAGACCUGGAGACCGAAUCGGAGGCUUCUGACAUGGAUUCAGAAGAUGAAUCGGACUUGGAGGAGGAUGGGAACGAAAACAAGAAAGGAUUUGGUCGCAACAACUUUGGGCGAGCAUUCCAAGAGGUCGUCGCAGAGACGAGUGCCCGAGUACGCAUCGACAGCUUUGACAAUUGUGUCGUCGAAGUAAGGAAAGAGGAUCUUGUGGGGUUUCUUGAAUGUCUGAGCGGGAAGCCUGUCAUUGAAUAAGGGAAAGGGAACGGGAAAGGACAGACGUUUCACGGCGCAAGUGGCAAGCUUGCAGGGUAUCUAGGCGUCUGUGUUGGAACACAUGGGGCGUGAGGAGCGGCGCGAGACGUGAGACGAUGCAUUUUAACGAGAUCAUGUAUAGAGACGACUGUUUCGACGUGGGCUAACAACGAUGUGGUUCAUCUGUGUUGAUCACCCACUUUGCAUCUCAGCUUCCUGGGCUUCUGUUGCUCGCCAACUACCGCAAGUUCUCGACAAAGUCGCUAAUGUUGUUGAUGUCCAAAAUUUAGCCUUCUCUGGUUUAGUGUCAUGCAUCUAUGCCAUCUCCUAGAGUGUGGUAAUGUCUCAAGAUCGGCGCUGCUCCACACACCCCGGACGGUUAAAGAGGUACGUAUUGGCUAUCAGGUAUACGGGAG